UAAAAAAAAAAACUAACUAGACAUUCCUUUUAUCAUAUAAUUAAUCACAUGUCAAAUUUUACAAAAUCAAAAGAAAUGGGUAAAGAAAUUGACUCUGAUAAUACCAAAAAGAGAAGGAAAUCAGUUAGUGGAAAUUCUGGUAUAUCUUUGAAGGAUGGAGAUACAUAUAAGGUUAUAAUUAGUUAUGAAGAGAAAGAAGCUAUGGAACGUUUGCCAGAAAGUGAUUCUGAAAGUUUUUUAUCUACUUGCGAUAAUAUACGUAGAGCUAUGAAUAAAAUUGCAAAGUUGAAAACUAGUGGAGAUACAAAUGCUAAAGACGAAAUACGUGAACUUCAAAUUCAAACGUCAUUAGCAUUUAUUGAACUUAAAAAAUUAAAUAGAAUGGAAAAAUUUCGUACAAAGUUUGCUAGAGAUUCUCUUAUAUCUUCAAAAAGCAGUGUUGACAGUAGACAUUUACAUUUGCAAAACUUAUUGUACGAAGUAAUGCAUUUAAAAAAGGAAGUUGUUAAAUGUCUUCAAUUCAAAUCUAAAGAUGAAUUAAUACAACUUGUAUCGGAAGAAGAAUUUUAUAAGGAAGCACCUGAAAAUAUUUCUAGACCGGAAAUAACAAAACAUAAUCCUCAUCAAUUAAGAUUGGCACGUCUUGAAUGGGAAUUGACACAAAGAAAACAAUUAGCUGCAUUAUGCGAUGAAUUGACAGAAAACAAGAAGGCAGUAGCAUCAAGUAUUGCAUUGAAACAAACUCGACUUGAUAAUCUUGCACCACAACUUCAUUCAAUAUUAGAAGCAAGUAAGCCAUUGCAAGAGAGUCUUGGUUUGCUAUUGGAUAAAGUUAGACAAGAACAUAAUAAAGCAACAUUACUUGCAUCUCCUCUAUAUGUUCUUUAUGCAAAGGCAUCUGCAUACAGAGAUGCAUAUGAUAAUUCUAUAAUAGUGAAAGUAGAAGGUGAUGAAGAAGAAGCAAAACGUGCAAAUAAUCAAGAUGGAUUACAAGAAUCUGAUUCAGAUGCUGAAACCAUUUCUGAAAAUAUUAUAGAAGAAACACCUGUACACAAGAAAAGACAUCAUAGAUUAUCUAGAGAAGCCAGACAGGAAGAGAAAAGAACAAAACUAUUACAAAGACAUCCUUUAAAUGUGAAAAUAAUUAUUAAAUUAAAAAAUGAAACAAAAUUGACGUUACAAUUUUAUUAUAUGAUGUUUCUGAAAGUUGUAACUGUAGAAUCAAAAUUAAAAACGGAUGGUAUUACAGGCAUUACUACAGGAGAUAUGCUUGUAUCAGAAUCAAUUUUACGUGAAUUAUAUCCAGGAGAUUUAGGAUUAGAAAGUCCAAAUCCUGCUAAUUAUUAUCAAUUAAAUCGACAUAAUUUGGGUCAAUUUUCAUCUCUUGGAUUAGGAAUACCAUAUAAAUGGGCACAAAGAAUGGCUGGAUUGCACUUUAUUUCGCCAGACGCUAGAGAACAAAAGCUUACGAGUUGCGAAAAAACACAAGAUAGCGUUGAAUGUGUAUUAAGAGAAAUUAAAAGACGUGUAAUAGCAAGAUUAGAAUUAUGCACAGAAAUUCGACAGUUGGAAUGUGGAAAUUUACCAGUUUUCACCACUAAUAAUAAUGAUCUUCUACCGCAAAAACUCAAUGCAAUUUUACAAAAAUUCUCAACAAUUUCAUGGAGUAAUUAUUGCAAUAGUGUAAAUCCCAUUUUUCAAGAACAAGGAUUAGUAUCUUCAUUGGAUAUAUUUUAUGAAGCUAUACUUCGUCGAGGAAAUAAUGAAUUAAUUGCUAGAAUAGCUAUAAAACCGGAUUACCCAAAAAUAGCACCAAUAUUUAAUAUAAGUAUAAAUCCUACAGUAUCUGCAUCUAUAGAUAUUUUAAGAGAUAUUGAAAGAGAGGUAAAUGUUACGUGGAUAAAACCACCAACAUUAUCAGCACAACUUCAACGUUUGCGAGCAUGCUUCGAUAUUUAUUUGGAAUCAGAAACUAUUGUACCAAAAGAAAAAAUUUUCUUUCAUCCUGUAAAAGGUCGUACUCGUGCUAGACCAUAUAAAUAUUUAGAAUUAGGAGGUGGAAUAUUUAUUCAUCGUUAAUUUAAUACAAUACAAAAUGAUAAUAUGAAUACAUUUUAGU